UUGCUUUGCGUUGCGUGCGGUCGGCUGGUUGGGCUGGUUUGAUGUUCGUUCUCAAGAUAACGUAUACGACGCGUAUACGCAAUAUUUAGCUAAACAAAUAAUCGCGUUUGAUUAGAUUUGCCAAUUAAUUUCUUACGGCUUUUCGCUGUUUGUAAUAAUAUUUGAUCUCGCAGCACUUUGAUAAGUGUCAGCUCUAUAGAUACAUACAUAUACAUAUAUUAUUCAUAGUGUUGCAAUUUGGAAGCCCAUCAAGAUGGUUGCCCGGAACAAACCGGAGGAGAAAGCUAAAUGUAUAGUCAAAUACCGUCAGCAUUAUUAUGAUUUAACCAAUUUUUUGCACAAGCAUCCGGGCGGACUAAAUACCCUCAAGGGUCUCAAUCAGAUCGAUAUGACAUCGCGCUUCAUGAAAGCUCCGCCGCAUUCGGAUGCUGCAAUGUACCUGAUGCGCGAGUACAAAGUGGAUUACGAUGGAGAGAAUAGCGCGAAUGAGCGCAGGGCGGAAAAGCUGGCGGAGAAUGGAGUUGAGCUGCUGGCUCAGCAGUCAGCGGCACAAAAUUCGGAGGACAGCAACAACAAUCAGUUGGAUGAGAGCAUGGAGCACCUCGUGGACUGGUCAAAAGCUAUGCUGCCACAAAUUUCAAAAAUAACAAAGCAUUAUGAUGAAUGGGUACACAAACCAGUCGACAGACCGCUGCGUCUAUUUGGUCCUUGGUAUUUGGAAAUGUGCACGAAAACGCCUUGGUGGGUGGUACCAAUGUUUUGGAUCCCAACAAUUAUUGCAUGCGGAUGGGAUGAGGUCCAAGCAAACUCACACAAUAUGAAAGAAAUCACAACAGUCAUCAGUCAUUUGGUCUUUGGUGUGAUAUUUUGGACACUUCUGGAGUACUCAUUGCAUCGUUGGGUCUUUCAUGUACGAUUGACAAGCAACAGUGGACCUUGGCUAUGCACAUUUCACUUCUUGAUACAUGGACUACAUCACAAAGUCCCAUUUGAUUCGAUGCGUCUUGUUUUCCCGCCGUUGCCUGGAGUUAUCAUUGCUGUCGUUAUAUACACGCCGUUAAGCAUUAUUCUACAAAAUUAUCAUCCCCGUUUGGUGCUUUCGGGUGCUCUUCUAGGAUACCUGUGCUAUGAUAUGAUACAUUAUUAUCUACAUUACGGUAAUCCGUCGGCUGGUCAUCAUUUGUACCGCAUGAAAAGGUAUCAUUACCAGCAUCACUUUGCCCACCAAGAUCUCGGUUAUGGCAUUAGCAGCCCCAUUUGGGAUUUUGUAUUUAAGACACGCAUACACUUGAGGAAGUUAAGAUACCAAAUACGAUGGUCGUAGGAGUCGUUUGGUCGUUUUGCAACGUUUUGCUGUAUGAGAACAAAUUAAAAAUUUAGA